GAUAAUUAUAAUGACGGUGAAAUUGUAUCGGACCUCGUGCAGCUUUUCGGCUACAUCCUGCGCGGGCCACUAGGUUGAAAUGAUGUCACGGAUCCUGCAGAUGACCAAAUAAGGAAGCUGACACAUGAAAGUGGAAUUUGUUCUUCUGGCCAGUUUUUUUUUCUUUCAGUUUUAAAUAAGAAGAAAAGCUGAAGUCCGUGGAUGUAGUGCUCUGUCAUGUCUUUUGUGACACAGCGAGACAUCGACUUGUGUGUGAAAAUGAAUGUGUGAUAUGCUUCAGCCUGUUGAGGAAAGAGAAAAAAGAGGAAGCAGUUCCGCCCUCAGAAUCUGCCUGGAGGCCUAGGAGAAAAGAGCAGAGAGAAGAAAAGGAGCAGGCGAGCGUCACAGCCCUCUUCAACCCGAAAAAAAGUAGCCUAAAGCAAAAACACGGUGCUGUUGGAGCUUUUUAUUUGUUACUUUGGCGGAUGGACAGAGGGACUCCCGCGGGACCUUGGUCGCCAGGUCCUGUUGUUGUGUGUUUGAAAACCUCGCUGCAGAAAAUGAGCCUCAAGUGAAGAAGUUUCAGUUUGAAGCUCCAUCGAUAAAAGUCGUCCAUGCUGGUGUCUUAACGCGUUAACAGGCGGAUCUACUCGGCGAACUUUACUUUUGGAUUCUGUCGUGGCUCUAGCUGCAGCUGGUGGACUGCGGGACUCGGGCCCUGAGAGGAUUUUUAUCAGGACAAAUUCCAGUUCAAAACCAGUAUGAGCGGAGAAGAGGAAAGAUUUAAACUGGUGGUGGUGGGAGGAGGAGGGGUGGGGAAGAGCGCCCUGACCAUCCAGUUCAUCCAGUCCUACUUUGUGUCGGACUACGACCCCACCAUCGAAGACUCCUACACCAAGAUCUGUACUGUGGAUGGAAAGGAGACCCGGCUGGACAUCUUGGAUACAGCAGGUCAGGAGGAGUUUGGGGCGAUGAGGGAGCAGUACAUGCGCUCAGGAGAAGGCUUCUUAUUGGUGUUUGCACUCAACGACCGGAGCAGCUACCACGAGGUCCAGAAAUUCCACACUCAGAUCUUAAGAGUAAAGGACCGUGACGACUUCCCCAUGGUGCUGGUUGGAAAUAAGGCUGACCUGGAACAGCAGAGAGUGAUCUCCAGGGAGGAUGCUCAGGCGUUCGCUAGAGAGAACAGGAUCCACUACAUGGAGGCUUCAGCCAAGAAUCGCUACAAUGUGGAUGAAGUCUUCUUGGAGCUGGUGCAAAUAAUUAGACGGUUUCAGGAGAUGGAGUGUCCUCCACCUCCAGCUCAUCACACAGGGAAACAGAAGAGUCGUGGCUGUCCCUGCGUCCUUCUCUAAGCACUGUUACUAUGGACACCAAAGCCUCAACCCUCUACAGCUUGUCCAAAAAGGAGUGUGUGUGUGUGUGUGUGUGUGUGUGUGUGCGUUUGUGUGUGUGUGAGAUAGAGAGAUAGAGAGAGAGAAAGUGCAUCGUUUUCUUCCAAAUGGUUUCAUUUGCACUUUUGCCAAAAGUAACUUUAGUCAAUUAGUUUGAAUUAGUAUCAUCUUUUAUUUUAAUCAUGGAUGUAUAAAGACAACUGGAUACAGCAGGGGCCUGUUCAUUUCUAUGAAAGUUGCUCAGUGGUCCAUGAAGCCAAAAAAGUUUGACUUUCGUGUAUACAAUUACGCAGAUCUUCAAUGGCUCUUCUGCAAUCUAUGAUCCCCAUAGAGCUCACUAGUCAUUUCCACCAGCUGAGCUGGCUACUCAUAGUUUGGUAACUUCAAUGGGGACAAAAUGAUUUAAUCGUAAAACUCUUAGAGACUUUCCAAAUGUUUUAAAACCAAUCAUUUUGUAGGGUUGUGACAGUCUUUUUGGGCUCCAUGGCAUCAUGUGGCAGACAUGGAAGUUGUAUUUCCACCAUUUUGGCCAAAAGCCAUGUGCUUUUCUUGAGGCUUGAUUUUUUUAAGAAAGGAUAUAAAAGGGAGAGGUGUCACUAGCAGCUGAGUUAGUUUGGUGCAGAAACAGGAAGUCAGUCCUGUGGCCGGUGCACAGCUGACAUGGAGUAAUAAUGAUGUUACUGUAUAUAGUUAGUGUUCACAAAUAUAAAUAUCAUCACACAAUCUUGUGUUAUAAAAAUGACCAAACUGCUGUUAGAAAGGACGGCACUUCCUGCAGGUACUAAUGUCAGUUUUGACAUCAUAACCACAUAGCUGUACGUAUUAGACUGUGUUAGGGAAAUUAUACAAGUAAUUAUUUCCAAGUCUUAAGUGUACAAAAAUGGACAUUUCAAUGUAUGACUUAAAAUUGUUAAUGAAAUGUGGCAGCCCAAAUAGGAGCCAAACAUCCAUGUACUGCCAUCUCCCAUGCCUUCCUGAAGGGGGCAGCAGAGCCUCACUGCAGAAUUACAAAAGGAAAGGGAGGAAAUGUAGCAGCAGUUCCAGGCUAUAGUCAUGUCUCUAUCUGCUGUUUUUGUCUUUCCUCCCCAUCUCCUCUCUGAAAUAGCCAUAACAAGACAGAAUUCUGAAAACAUUCAUAAACACCAGAUGCUAGUUCAGUUGCCUGAUCGGACUUCACAUUAUCCAGAUGCAGACUAUUUCAGUAUGGGAACUCCUGGUCCCUUGGCGAUGCCUGCCUCUGCUUGCUGGAUGAGGGAGAGUCUAAUCCAAGGUUACAUGCACUACACUCUUGCAGUGCAGCAUUGGACAGUACAGUAUCAUGACAGCAGAAUUUAUUUCCGUGUUUGCACAUUUCAACAUUUCGACUGUUGGGUUGAAACACAAUCUGGGUGUUAAUCAUUUUACUGAUAGGUGGACUACAUUCUGGUACUAAUUUUUCUCCAUUAAUUUGCUUUAUAUAUCUACAUCACCACUGUCUUAAAAUGUGUAUGUAUAAUAAUGUUUUUUUUUUACACAGAAAUCAAGUGAUUAAUGCCCUUUUAACACCAAGAGAUCAAGCCGGGUGAACCAGGGUUGACUGUGUGUUUGAAAGGUUUAACCUAUGUUGAUCGACCCAGGUCAAGAGGUGGGUUGGACGCGGAUUGAUUUCAAUGUGAAUAGCACACAACCAGGGUUACUAACAACUGGGGCGAGACAAAGUAUUUGUCAUUGGUUGCAACUGGGGGUGCACAGUCCUAGCCCAUAUUGUAAACAAAUGGUGUGAAAGCAGCAGGAAUGUCUGCUUUGGACUGACACAAAUUCCUCAGUUGCAUUUAUACUUUUCCACUUGGAUAAUUGCAAUUAUUUGCGUGAAGGGAGCUGCAAAACUUUUUAGGUGUGUUUGUCCUCAAGAUAGGGCAAAUAGUGCAAUAUAUGGUGAACCAGUCUUUUUCCUGCCUGUAUUUGGUCAAAUUUGGACUUUGAACUAGUCUUAACUCUUCAGAAGUGCUACCUUUGAGAGACCGACCCCCCCUGACUGUGCUGUAGCCACAACCCACCAGUAGAGGUCACUAUUGCAGCAACAGGGAUGAGCAGCCAGCAGUCCUGCCCAGCUUCCAAACACAGAAAUGGCCAAGUGUUUUUUGGAGAGCACAUUCAGGCGAUUUAGCCUGUUGUGUGUUCCUUGCGCCCUGAUGUGUGUUCUUGUAUUGUUCGUGAGACAAUCAACAACCACAGACAUGUGUCCAACUCACAUCUUCAAGGACCCUCCUCACUGAUUUUUAUUUGCAAAGAAAGAUUAACUAACGAUUAUGCAAGACAAGAAAAGGCUUUAUUAAGUUAAGAAAAUAAAUCUUUCACAGUGUAGCCAAAUAUUCACUUUCAUAUAUAUGAUUUUUAAUGCUUUGGGCAGUUUGGUUUUUUACUUUUCUUUUUCAUUUUAAUAAGAAUUCAUAUGUAUAUGUACCUUACAACAUGCAAUUCACAUUGUCAGUUUUGUAUUGAAAUAAAUGUCAAAUCUCUUUUAUACAUUAUUAAAACAUUUAUCCGAACAUUUA